AUGCAGGGCCAUGAAUCAGCCGUUGCAUCUGCAGAUGUGCGCCGCUUUGUCCACACUGCGGCAGAGCCAGGACUGCAGUGUAUGGCAUGGCUGCCUGCGCACGAAACGUUCGUGGAUGCACGGCUGCGAAUUGGCCAAGAUCAGCUUGAGCUGCAGACGCUGGGGACGGGAACACCGCCCGUAAAGAUUUGCCUGGGCUAUCUGAGGUCGGCCUGCGUGGCUUCAAAAGCCCAGAUUCCUUACCCUUCUGGGCUGAGUAUCAACUGGCUGGACUUUGCGGUCUUUCUGGAGUUUUUUGACCUCACAGAGGCCAUGGAAUUGCGUACGGAAUGCGUGCUGCUCAGUGGCGACGUUGAGGCUGCGCUACUGUGCCGCUCCUUGGGGCAGCUUCAGCGCUUCGGUGUCCCACCUCUGGAAAAAGAUCUGGAGCUCCCAACUUGGGUUGCCGCACGAGCGCGUGCUGCUGUUGCCACAUUGACCUCUCCGGACAUCUUGAUGGCGCUGAAGCGAUGGCGUGCUGGCUCUGCCCUCGUGGCGCCGUCGCCCCCGCUGCCUUCGCGUGUGCGCACCUCCUCCGAGGCGGGUGCAAGCUGCACAGGCCUAUCUCUUUCCGCAUUUUGGAAAGACGCAACAGCAGGGGUUUGGGAAGUUCUGAACUCGCCAGCUCUGCUCGGCAUCAAGCCAGAUCCGAGCCUUGCUGCAGGCUGGGAUGCGCCUUUGCCCCUGAAUGGCGGGGACCGCUUAGACGGCGAGGCAGAGCUCUCUGCCAGAUGGAAGAAAGUGCUGGGUGAUCGAUCUCUUGCAGAGCUAACACGGAGCGAACUGCGAGCUCUUUUCAUACUUGGGCACCGAAUACCCUGGCAGUACAGGCUAGCACUCUGGCCCACCUGGCUCCAUGUGGCGGACGAGGGCAAUGAGCCACUGGAUGACGGCAUGCUUUGCACUGACGAGACUUGCCAAAAGCAGAUCGAGAAGGACGUGCCGAGGACACGGCCCACCGAUCUGAACCAGAACCAGCGGGAGGCACUUGGUCGCGUAUUGCGCGCCUUUGCACUGCUCCGGCCACAGGUGGGAUACUGUCAAGGUCUGAACUUCGUGGCCGCGGUCGAACUGCUUGUGGGGUUCACGGAGAAGCAAGCGCUGGGUGGCCUUUGUGGGCUCACGGAUGCGUUCUGCAGCGGAUACUACGAGGAGUCGAUGAGUGGCCUUUUACGAGACAUAGCAGUUCUUGACGCACUAUUGCUUCACUUGCUGCCCAAAAUCCACGCGCGUUUUGCGGAGGUUGAUCUGCCUCUCAUUUGGAUCGCCACAGAGCCGCUGCUGACCUUGUUCUCGCGGGAGCUGAAGCCAAUCGAGAGCAUCUGCAGACUUUGGGAUUUCUUCCUUAUCGAAGGAGUCUGUGCUCCCUUUGCAGUUUUCCUCGCUUACGCAGAGCUGGCUUUUGAGCGCAACCUGCUCACCGGAGCAGCAGCAGAGGAUUCGCUGGGCGCUUUCAGGCUGCUUCUCGGCGACUCCAGUGCUAUCGCCGGGAACAUCCUGCAGCGUGCAGCUUUUUUCCUUGCGCCCAGGCCUUUUGGCAGUGGCCUCAACGAGACGCUGCUGCAAAGCCUCCGCAAGGAGGCUGCUGGCGCGAGCCAGCUGGCCGAUGCCGGAUAA